AUGACUCCGAAGCCACAGACCCAUGAGGAGCGGGAGCGCAAGUUUACCGCUCUGUUUCAGACCGUUCCGGCUGAUCGGGAGGGCACGGGCAUGGGCAACACCGACAAGGCGCGCGAUGAGGCCUUUGCGGGGCUGACGUUUGACAAGCUGCCGGAGAAUCCGCCGGAGUACGAGAUUUCCGAGCCGCCCGUGCCCAAGGCGGAGCACGCCAGCCUCAUGGAGGACCCCAGCGAGCUGCGCAAGGAAACGCCAGCGGCCCCCCUGCAGCUCGAUGAGAAGCACAAGAAGUUUUACGCCCUGUUUGGACACGUCACGGAUGCGCAAGCCGCUGAAUACGGGGGGCAGGCGUUCGCCCCGGACAAAGAUGUUGAUUUCGAUGCGCUGCCUGAAAGGCACGAGGACCCGGAGCUGCCAGACGUGUCCAAGCAACCCGAGAGGGAUUUCCUCAGGGAGGACGCUGAGGAAAGGCUGCGCUACGCUCACCCUGAGGAAAAGCACUCGGAGAAAUACGACAAGGCGCACGAAGGCUUUGUCAAGAUAUUCAAGAACCCAGUUGAAGCGGAGUGA